UCGGUUUCGGACUCUCUCUCUCUCUCCCCCGACCCGACCCGACCCGCCCCAUGGCCGUGGUCUCCUCCUCCCUGGAGAGGAUCCAAGUCCCGCCGCAGCAGCAGCACCCCGUCGUCGAGCCCUCGCCGUCCCGAUUCUCCACCGACUCCGACGCCGCCUCGUCCUCUCCGCUCGUCUCGUGCUCCGCCGACACUCCUGAUCGCUCCGAUCCUUCCUUCGCUUCUCCCUGCUCCGCCGAUCAGUCUGCUGCGAGAUUGAGGAGUGAGGAGUAUCGGCAGUUGUUUCGGCUUCCACCUGAUGAAGCCCUCAUUGAAGAUUUCAAUUGUGCAUUCCAGGAGAAUAUACUUAUUCAGGGUCAUAUGUACCUGUUUGUUCAUCACAUUUGCUUUUACUCAAAUAUAUUUGGAUAUGAGACAAAGAAAAUUAUCCCGUUCCAGGAAGUCACAAGUGUAAGAAGAGCAAAGACGGCAGGGAUCUUUCCUAAUGCCAUAGAAAUUUUUGCUGGAGACAAAAAGUACUUCUUUGCAUCGUUUCUAUCACGAGAUGAAGCUUAUAGAAUCAUAAAUGAUGGUUGGGCGCAAUGUGUUGAUGGUGCCAAAGUGACUACAGAACAGCAGGAAUCAAUCUCUGAAACUAAAAACCAAGAGAAUGGAGCUGUAAUUGAAAAAGUGGAGAGCUCCAAUUGCUUAGUUAAUGAUCUGGAUUCUACUGACAGGGACACGUAUACUCAUAUUUCAAAAGAUUCCGAGCUCCCACCCAAAGUUGAAGACGAUUCCGCAUUGACAUUGCUUCCAGACCCACAAGGUGUUGUCAGAGAGGAUAUAAAACCAGUUCUGAACGGUGAACCGUCAUCUUCAAGUGAUACCAUGUUUUGGAAGGAAGAAGAUUCUGAUGCCCCAAACAUUCCAGACUUUUAUACAAAGGUUGCAGAGUCGCAGUUUCCGAUAACGGUUGAAGACUUCUUUAGAUUCUUUUACUCUGAUGAUGUGUUCAGUGAAUCAUUCCAUCAAAGUUGUGGAGAUAAAGAGUUCAGGUGCACUUCGUGGCACCCUCAUGAAAAGUUUGGACAUGCCCGUGAUGUUUCAUUUCAGCAUCCUAUUAAAAUCUAUUUUGGUGCAAAAUUUGGUAGCUGUCAGGAGCUCCAGAAAUUUCGAGUACACAGAAACAGUCAUUUAGUUAUUGAGACAUCACAAGAGAUCAAUGAUGUACCUUAUGGAGAUUAUUUUCGGGUUGAGGGGCUUUGGGAUGUGGAGAGAGAUACUAAAUCAAAGAACUGCUGCAAUCUAAAGAUUUACUUGAAUGUGGCAUUUUCAAAAAGAACUGUUUGGAAAGGAAAGAUAGUGCAGUCUACCUUGGAAGAAUGUCGAGAGGUUUUUGCUACCUGGAUCAACAUGGCACAUGAAUUGUUGAAGAAGAAAGAUCUUGAAAAAUCAGAAGUUAGCAUGGUUCAGAAAUGUGAAGUUCGUCCUUCAGAGGAACCUAGUGAUCACACUAGCAUGCAACAGAUACCUGCAUCCAUAAGCCCUAAGCAGCAAGUCAGCAGUCAAUUUCAAAAAAGUCCAAGUGAUAAUGACUCUCAUACCACAUUAUUGGGAGGUUAUAUGAUGAAAUUAGGGUCAUCUUUGAGGAGUCAAAGCCGUCUUUCACUGAUCAUAGUUGUCAUUGUUGCUGUGAUAUUCAUAAUGCAGUUGAGCAUACUUGCGCUACUAGUCAGACCCCAACAUAUCCAUGUGCACUCUCCUGUGGACUACACGAGUGGGGUGGGUGGUGCCAUAGGUGGAAGAUCUUCUGAAGUUAUUACUUGGCUGGAGAAGCGAGUUCACACCCUUAAAGACGAUAUGAACCUGGUUGAAGCUCGGCUAGAGAGCAUGCGACGUGAGCAUGCUCUCCUAAAAGCUCAACUUGAAGAUUUCAAGCAUCUUGGUAAACAUAAAUAACAUCGAGCUGUAAAUCCUCAUUUCUUUUGGUGAUUAUAUUUUAUUAUUAAGAAAUGUAUGUUGUUCCAGUUAGAAAGUUAGCAGCAUGUUGUAAUCUAGAACCAAUAGGCGUGUAUAAAAUUUUCUCAAAGCCAAUAUCUGUUAUAGAGAAAUACAAAUCACUUCUUAAUUGCCGAACAGUAUUCACUUAGCAGCCACCCGUACUGCCAAAAAGUAGGAAAGAAUAAUCUCUUUU